AUGGGCGAGCGGCUCCCGAAGCCGGAGCGGGGCAAGAUGAGGGUGCACAAGAUCAACAACGUCAACAAGGCCCUGGAUUUCAUCGCCAGCAAAGGCGUCAAACUCGUCUCCAUCGGCGCCGAGGAGAUCGUGGACGGCAACGCCAAGAUGACGCUGGGGAUGAUCUGGACCAUCAUCCUGCGCUUCGCCAUCCAGGACAUCUCCGUGGAAGGUAACGGGGGCGGGAUCCGCUCCCGGAGCCGCGGGAUCCACCCGGGAUCCAGCCUGGGAUCCAGCCCGGGAUCCAGCCUGGGAUCCAGCCCGGGAUCCAGCCUGGGGUCCACCCGGGAAUCCCGAUUUUUAUCCCCGUUCAGCCCCGAUCCCUGCGCAUUUCCCAGGAUUUGGGACACCGGGAGCGGGAUCCAACUUUCCUCCCAGUUUGCUCCCAGUUUCCUCCCAGUUUGCUCCUGGUUUCCUCCCAGUUUGCUCCUGGUUUCCUCCCAGUUUCCUCACAGUUUGCUCCCGGUUUCCUCCCAGUUUGCUCCCGGUUUGCUCCUGGUUUCCUCCUGCUUUCCUCCCAGUUUCCUCCUGCUUUCCUCCCAGUUUGCUCCCGGUUUGCUCCUGGUUUCCUCCUGCUUUCCUCCCACUUUGCUCCCACUUUGCUCCCACUUUGCUCCCAGUUUGCUCCCACUUUGCUCCCGGUUUCCUCCCAGUUUGCUCCUGGUUCCCUCCUGGUUUCCUCCCAGUUUGCUCCCAGUUUGCUCCCAGUUUGCUCCCGGUUUGCUCCCGGUUUGCUCCCAGUUUGCUCCCGGUUUGCUCCCAGUUUGCUCCCGGUUUGCUCCCGCUUUGCUCCCGUUUUGCUCCCGUUUUGCUCCCGGUUUGCUCCCGGUUUACGGGGCGCGGUUCCUUGCAGACAUCGUGAGCACGGCGCGGCCGGACGAGAAGGCCAUCAUGACCUACGUCUCCAGCUUCUACCACGCCUUCUCCGGGGCCCAGAAGGCGGAGACGGCGGCGAAUCGGAUCUGCAAAGUUCUGGCCGUGAACCAGGAGAACGAGCAGCUCAUGGAGGACUACGAGCGCCUGGCCUCAGAUCUCCUGGAGUGGAUCCAGCGCACCAUCCCGUGGUUGGAGUCCCGGGAUCCGCAGAAGACGAUCCCGGCCAUGCAGCAGAAGCUGGAGGAUUUCCGCGAGUACCGGCGCGUGCACAAACCGCCCAAGGUGCAGGAGAAGUGUCAGCUGGAGAUCAACUUCAACACGCUGCAGACCAAGCUGCGCCUCAGCGGCCGCCCCGCCUUCAUGCCCUCUGAGGGCAGGAUGGUCUCGGUGGGUCUGGGGGGGAUUUGGGGGGCUUAAACCCAGCCUAAACCCAGCCUAAACCCAGCCUGAA